ACAUUCAUCAUGACAACGGCUGGACCGGGUUGUGCAAAUUAUGUAACACUUUCGAAACACAACACUAUCCACUUUUUGUCUCGAUUAUCAUAUCGUCUUAGUCUCUAGUUCCUGUCAUUUCCGAUUACCAUCAACUGCUUUCUUGAGCAGAUGUAUGUGCAUUCCGUCUGCUUACUGAGUCAAUGAUUCAUGUUUUCUUUUAUAAGAGGAAAACGUUUGGUUAUUCUCUUUCAGAAAAUUUCACUUGUUGCCACCUAAACUUAUCGAGCACACAGGGUAACACUAUACUGGUUUCAAACCUACUGAAGACUGGACACUACACAGAUAUAACGCAUUUACUAUUUUAUUUGAACAACUUCUAUUAUUAAUUGUCGCGUUAUCUUUAUAUUUCUAAUGUGUAACUACUAAUUGCUGUCUAUCAAUUCCAUUGUUAUAUGUGAGUUUCCUCUGUCUGAUUACUGGGUCGCCGACUUGUUUUUCUUGUUUUCUUUUCCUUGAGAAUAUAUCCCAUACUCUGCUUUUUACAUUCCCUGAAAUAAAAAGUACUUUCAGGCUAAACUUGAACAUAUAGGAGGUUGUGUGCUACGUUCAAGUUUCUUAUUUUCAAUGCUCAUAGUUUCAACUUUUGAUUUAUCUCAAGCAGAAACGUAAGGAAAAAUAAAGGCGAACUUCGGAUAAACUCUGGGGGGAAUCCUUAGAAGAAUUAGGUAUAAUUACAUACGACAGUGCAUCAAAUUGUCGUCCUUCCUUCCAGAAAGGAGUUAAUUGUGAGGAGCUUUAUAUAAAAUUUACUCAGUGAUGUGUGUCUCGAAGCUAACACCCUUACCUACUGCAGUUACAAUUUUGUCAGUGCGAAGCAGUAUUUCUGUCACUGGAAUUCUAAAAUAAUUACCAACUUUUCAAAUGUAGACUGAAGGAGAGUGAUGAAGAAGACAUUUUUGCAUUGGCGAAAAAAGCGUAAGAAUGUAACUUUUACUUAAAACAACGUAUAUAUUAGGGGCACGCUAUGACUUCAUGGCUAACUAUGUUGACAGCUGAAUAAUUAAAUGAUAAGUCACUAAUGGCCAAUAACAUAUCCCUAUGACUAACUACUGAGCACAGAAAUACAAUUGUAUCAUCCUAGGGGAAUAAUUCUAUAGAAAGACUUACGGCACUAAUCUAAGGACGGGAUUUAAUUUCACUGCUUUCGCCUUUCUAUAUAAUCAGUUCGGGAUCACUUUUGAUAAGUACUAAGUUUUCUGGCUUAAAUGAUGUAAAUUUAGUAUCUCCUCAAGUUGUAUACUGAUUCUUUACAUCAUAACUAACUGGCGUUUCGUUAUUACCCACAGGAUUAUCGUUGUGCAAUCAACUAACGAAUGGCAGUUGCUCAUUAUAACGCCGAACAGUUUGUUUGGCUGCAGAAUAUCCUCAGUCCACUGUCCUUCUAAUCCGUUGCACAAAAGAUUUAAAAGAAAAUCUAGGCUAAUUUAGUUGUGUACUUUAGUCUUACGUUAUUUUUUGUUGCUAUUGCGUAUGAGUAUCGCUGUAUUCAAUGUAGUUCAACAGCUGUUUGUCAGUCUUUCCAUUUAUGGUGCCAACGGUGGUAACAAUUGUCAUCAAUGCAAAAAGAAUUCUUUAUUCCAAAUUUUUAAACACCUUGGUGCGCUCAGUCUCUUUAUACCGCCUUUGAAAAACAUUUCAAGCAAAAUAUGCAUCGCUUCGUGUGCAUUUGCUCACGACUCGAACUUACAUUCGCUUUAAUCUUUCGAUAACUCUAGUUAUCGUUUGUAGAUCUCGUAACUGUAAUGAAUAUUACAAAUCAAAAAUUCCUAAAGAAUGCUUCAGUCAAUAUGCCAUGAUAUUUUUGCAAAGUAUUUCUAGGUUCAUUUUUACAGAUCAUGCAUUAAACUACUGUUUAACUUAAAAGACAGUUAAUAAUUUAUUUAACCCGACUUUAUAAUAACCAAAUAACGCACAACUGAUUCACUAUAUUUUUUAUAAUCUUACGUGUGUUCCAUGCACUGAUAUAGUUGAUCACAUUAUCUAUUUAUUGACCUUUGUAUACGUUUAUGUAUUAGAUAGAUUUACCUAAUUUUGUUUAUAGUGUCCAAAUUCCACAUAAUCAGACCAAACGACUGCUGAAAGCAGUCCGCCCAUUAAAAAAAUACAAUAUGUCUUCAACUUGAACUUGAAAUUUUUGUUGGAAUCAAAGAUACUUGUAUUUCCUCACAAUAUGAACUUUAUUAAUCAAUCUUUUUUAUUCCUGAUUAGUUCUUCAGUUUUUCAAAUCUAACUUGCUGUUUAUGUAAUGCCUAAGUAGUUGUUUUACAUUAGAUAGUUUUAGACUAAUUGGUAAUUGAACUUUUAUGUGGAGACAAUAAUUUAUUACGUUUUGUUAAGUUAAAUUUGACUUCCAGUACUGAGGAAAUUCUAGAAACUACAAGAAAAAUAUGUCAUUAUGUUCAAAUAUAUUCCGUGUCUUAUGUUUUUUGUUGUCUUUGUAUUCAUCACUUACUUACUAUCAAGCUCAAAAUCGUUAUUUGAAGUUUAAAUGAUAGUCCAUGAAUUCUAAAGCAGCGUAGAGUGAAAUUUCUGAAAAGGAGAAAUAUUGUAUCGAAAAAUUGAGAUAUCUUGCUUUUCGUAAAGUACACCCUGAGAUAGGAACACAUUUUUCGCUUAUAGCUAAAUCGGGGUUGUUUCAAGUCAUAAUUUCAAAAGAUAUGAAUAUUGUUGAGGGACAUGAAUUAAGUAAUAUAAUAUACAGUUCUACAAAGAUAUCUCUUAUCAUUGAUUUCGUAUCGGUUUUUAUUAACUGAUUACUAUCGGCUGCUGAGAGUACACACUAACCACCAAGUCACUUUGUUGUGUGAGUCACUUGAAAUCAAUGUACUACGAGUUUUAUUGAAGCAUAAUGAUGGUCAAACAACUCAGCCAUCACUUAAAAGGUCGAAUUUCCAGUAUUAUUGGUUUAUAGACUUUGAAAACAAAACUGUUUUAUGAUUAUUUAUCGGGCCUUUAGAAACUGCCUGAUCAGUAUAUGGUUAUUCAUAAUAAUAAUAACAUAGUGCAAUCUAUGUAUUUGUUUUAACUAUGAAAAAAUGACAGCAACUGCUGAAUCGGUAUCAGAACAAAAAUCAUCUGAUCCAUUUAUUCCAUGGGGUUUUCCAAAUGAAUUAAAUUUAUGUAGAGCAGCACGUCACGGUGAUAUAAAAGCUGUAAGCAGAUCUAUUGCAAAUGGAGUGGAUAUAAACUUUAUUGAUGGUUUUGGCAAAACAGCAUUACACUAUGCAGCCACAAACGGAAGCUAUGAAUCGGUGAAACUUCUUGUUGCUAAUAAAGCGAAUGUAAAUAUAUGGGAUUCAAAUGGAACUACACCAUUACAUAUGGCCGCUAAAGGAAAUCAUACAAGAGUGGUGAAAUUUUUACUCAUGUCCGGAGCAGAUAUUAAUCAUGAAUGUAUUAGUGGCGUCAAACCGAUUGACUUAGCAACUUAUAAUUCCGAAACUUGGAAAGUUUUAUUGAACGCUGCAAACGGAGAUCUACCUAAAGUUGAGCAUUUAAUACAAACACGUACAGUUCCUCUAAUUCCCCAAUUUGCAAUACAAAGAGAAAUUGAUAAACAAGCUAAGGUAAAUGAAAAGAAAGGUGGGACAAAGAAAAGUGGAAAGAAGAGUGGAAAGAAAAGUGGUAAAGGCAAAAAGAAGAAAUGAUCAAACCGUCCAAGAUUACGUGAAAUUUAAAAGUACUUCUGAUGUCUUAUUUACAUACACACGUUAUGUACCUGUACAACACGGUAUACAUAUUAAUAAAAUCUAUUAUU